GACAGAGAGUUGUUUACAAACAAAUUAAUCAACACCAAAAGUUCUUUAAUUAAAAGGAACUGUUAGCAGUGCAUUAAGCUUAUUUAAAAUGUGGAAAAGAAUCAAGGAUACUAACCUAUUUUUAACUUUCACCGACGAUUACCAGAUAUUUGUAACAGAUUUUGUCUCGGUGUGGUUUUCCUAUCUAUCGAAAACUACUUUUGUUCGUAGUCUAAAAGACAGUAAUAUUUUACUGGAGAUGCCCACAGAAACUUUGAUCCAGAAAGGAAUUCAUGUGUUGACCCAUCCAGGCGACCUAAAAAGUGUUGACAAAAAGACUGAGAACAAUAUUCUAGCGAUUACGUUGACUAUGUCAUUUCCAUAUCCAUUUAAAGUCAAGUUGGAACUUUGUAAAGGAUCUAGAGAAUUAUUUUUCCAAAAAGUUACCCAACCACUACUGGUAACCGUCAGUGAGUUAAAAUCUAGUCAAACGGAGUUGUGUGAGUUGCUGAAUAAAAAGGAUAGUGAAAUUGAAGAGUAUAAACUCAUGGGUGGUGAAAUCGCUAUAAAGUUUCUAAAGACUAAACAAUUUAACGAAGAAGCAAUGAUGAGCAAAUAUAAAAUGUAUGAAGAGUAUUUUGGAUCUUCGACUGAUACUGUGACUGAUUUACUGAAAGUAAAAUUGGAUGUGCCUGAAGAUGUAACAAAAAUAAAACAAGAAGCAGUUGAAGAAUCUGUACAGUCAAUACAACCUACAAUAAAAAUGGAGGCUGACUCCCAACUGAAGCAAAUUCCAUCUUCUAUAUCAAAUCCAAAAAUGGAAGCUGACUCCCAAAUGACUCAAAUUCCUUCUAUAUCAAAUCCAAAAAUGGAAGCUGACUCCCAACUGACUCAAAUUCCUUCUAUAUCAAAUCCAAAAAUGGAAGCUGACUCCCAACUGACACAAAUUCCAUCUUCUAUAUCAAAUUCAGUGCCCAUAAAACGAGAACCAGAGCCAUACAAAACUGAAUCACAGUCCCGUAUUCCUAACAAUAGGAAAAGGAUGAAAAAACUUAAUUUAUGAGGGUUUUAGAUUGAUUUACUAAUAGUUAUCCACUAAAUUGCUGGAUUUCUACCUCUAUUUUAGUUAUUAGCAAAUUAGAUAAUUUAGCUAAAAAAUUACAGACCCUUUUUUAGUUAAAAUCAUAUUGUAGAUUGUUUGAACAGGUAUAAUGUAAUAAUUAUGGAUUUUUCACAAAAAACUACAUACAUUUUUGAUAAAUCUGCUGAUUUUGUAUGAACUCAUAAAGUUAUGAUUUGAUUUUAUUAUUUUUUAAGUGAAGCUAUGUAUAGUGUUAAGAUGGAUUUAUUAUUGAUUAUUAAUUUUAUAAAUAUCAUGAAAUUAUUAUGAAUUAAUGUAUUUUAAAUACUUAGUUUAUAGUAAUCGAAAUUCAUCUACAAUGUUAUUGGGUGAUAAAGUUAAUAUGACUGAAAAAAAGGUUAUUAUAUUAAAACUUUAUUUUACAUAGAACAAUAAAACCUAAUACAUAUUAGUUUAGUUGUGCUGGUACAAUGCUGUUACUAAUAAUGUGAUUAAAGUUGGAGCAAUGAAAUUAGGCAUAGACAAUAAGUUAUUUUUGUAGUGCUAAUAACAUACUACAGUAAUAAGAAAUUAUUGUAAUCUAUAUUUUUUAUUGACUUCAGUUUUUAAAUGUUAAUUCAAAUCUCAAUUUUAUACCAAAUAAUUUUAAUUGAAGUUUAUAUUCAUUAAAUUAUUAUAAUACUGAUUGUAAUUAUUACAGAUAAUUCGUAAAAUGAAUUUUAAAAUCUGUCCAGCAGCCAAUCACAGCACGGGGCCUGCCCAUAGAGUGCUAAGCACUAUUAAAAUCAUAUACAAAUAUAAAAUUGAUUGAUAUACAAAACGGCAAAAGAUAUUUCAUUGAUCAUUAAUGUAAUCAGUGGAAAAUUUAAGGGUGAGGUCAAAAGAGCGUAAUGAAAGCUCAAUUUUACAGAUUUAAGGAGCGUUUGUAUGAAACCAUAAAAAUUACGCCCGUUAAGUACGCUCAUUUGUCCUCAGCUUAAACCGAAUUAAUGCCAAAAUUAUGUCAUCGGUCGGAAUAAUAAAGAAAUAAGUUAUUUAUGACUCCAAUGUAAUCGCAUUAAAUGUAACCCAUACGCAUGAUGUAUUUUAAUGCAUUGUUGACAAAUAGCUAGUUA